UUUCUCCCUCCCUCUAUCCUCUUCCCCCCCCCCCCGCUCCCCCUCCCCAUCGUGCGUUGUAGCAGAAUUCGGUUCCCGAGGGAGAAUGUUGUUGCGCAAGUGCUGGCUAAUUGUCGCAACGCUCCGGUUGCCCUGACACGGCGCGCGAUGUGCCUGUUAUGUGAUAUCUCGGGUUGUCUCGUUCUCGAUGGAGUGUGGGGUACCCGCUCGCGCGAAUCCUGUCGGGACCACAGCUGCCCUUCACUCACUCCUAUCCGCAUUUGCGGGGGUCAUGGUCCUGCGCCCAGGCCGCGCCGCUGCAGAUUUUUCCGUACCAAUUUGGGCUCUAGUCCAUAUUUGCGCCAGGUUUGAACCCCGAGUUUGCAAUCCAGCGGGCGCUCAAUGAUGUCUCUCGGGCCCGUGGCGCAGUGAAAAUCAGUCUGAUCCCAUCGGCCUGGUCGACACACUUUCCAUAUAGUCCGGUCUUGUUCCUGAUCAUCUGCAGCAUCAGCAUCAGGUGAGAGUGCAAGUUUCCAGUGAGUCUCAGAUUCGAGUGGUUGCCGGCUUUCGCAACGGACCGCUCGCAUGCCGCCGUCGCAGGCGCGCCAUUCCUUUACAUAUCAGAGUCGUGACCGUAGUUGUCAAAGAAAAUGGAUAUUCCAGCUGGCUUUCCCAGCAUGACUGGAACCGAGGCUGCCAAGUGCAUCAUCAUGUCGUCUUACGCUUUAUGUUUGCAGUGUGGCCUCAGUGGUCGGAGGUACAACGGACUUCUAGAUCGAGGUUGUACCCUCGCGUGUCAGGCGCUCCUGACGGCGACCGCUGAACAGCUUCGCCGCCGCCGGGCAGAGACACGAUUUACAUCCACGCUGAACGUCAUGUACAGCUCAGUUCUAGGGUGGCUUUUUCCAGACAGCGUCAAAUGGCGGCGGUUCAAUCGGGAGCUGGAACAGUUAUUUGCGGCGCUGUCUGUUUGCCGAUCUUUGCUGUGGACUCGCACGCAUUCCCGAUGUUCUUCCGCUCGCCUCACUUUGUCAGUUCUCCCGCGGCCAUGUGGUGAGGUACUGCACUCAUACAGGGACAUGGUCAAACACAAGGGCGUGGCUGCGGCUGAGACGGCCUUGUCCCGCCUGAUCGCCCUCCAGCGACAGGCCGUGUUCCAUGACGUGGCUGCUGUUGGUCAGGAGGCUUGCGUAUACCAUUGGGCAUCUGCGGGCUUUCGCUAUAUCGGCGUGGCUCGCCAGGUCCGCGUGAGCCAGCCGUCCAGGUGCGGUGUGACUCUGCGGUGGCUCGAGCACCUCACGUUCACCCGCCGGAAGCGCAUCGCCGAGUCGCGCAGGCUCAGGUACAAGUUGGCCCGCAGGGAGCCUUUCGAAAGGUCGUUCUUCAUGGUGGUGCAAUCGUGCGACGUGCCCAGCGCUUUCAACCGGGAGCGCGAAGCCAUUCGGCAGUGCCGCCCAAAUGGGAACGGAGGUCACGGCAACGGGCGACGGCGUCUCCCGGCGCAGGAGCACGGGGCCAGACGGCGGCCUCCGAGGAGCAAGCGGUCGAAGGCAUUUCCGCCACGCACGCGUCUCUUGGAGGGAGCGUUUGCCAUCCUUUCGCAGUGCUCGGAUGACAUCCGCGACACAGCCUGCGAGGGCGACGUGUCCAACGAGGCGCUGGGCGAAUGGAGGCUCAUUGCCGGGUCGCCCGCCGCAUCGCCGACGGUUCGGGCAUGCAUGGCCCGAUUGAUAUAUUUCAGCUUUGCUUCAGCAUGCUGGUGGUCUUGUGGUUUGGAACUCGCCGCGCCGUCCCACAGUGGCGUCUGUUGGAGAAGCGCUGGCAAGAUGCCGAUGUAGCCCUGCGCCUCUUCGCCCUGACGGAGUCCAUCAAAAGACCCCUGCUGCGCGCCAAGGCUCGCAAGUGCAUCGGGGCCCGGCUUCGCGCACUUGGGCUUCCCGGGCUGACCCCAUAUCGUAUGCGCGUGCCUGCCCAACUUGUCUGCCAGGUGCGCCGAACAAUCAAGGCUAUCAUCCAAUCCACGCGGUCUCUAUCCACGACCCGCCGCUGGUGGUGGCUCCGGCAGACAGCGAUAGUCAAGGAACCAGUCCGGAAGUGGAGUUCGCUGAUCAACGCCCCGGCAGCCAGCCGGGAGGCGGACGUUGAGGGCGCCCUGUCGUGGAGCGAUGAGACGUGGUCCCGGCGGAUGCAAGCCAGGAGGUGCAAGCUAGUGGCAGUGAAUUGGGAAGUGACCUUCUGGGAGGAACCCGAGUCUUACGGUGGCCGGACUGCGAACAUCGUCAGCCAGUGGGUGCGCCAGAACCAUUUCUCUGUGCCGCGGCUCCUAGCAACGCAGGGCCGCUGGUUCUUGGAUUUCUUCCACUGCCGUGGCACAGCUUCGCUGGAGCAGAAGCGGGACAGCGAUCGACGUGCUUAUCGUAAGUACACCCAGCCCAUGCGUUCUAUUCCAGAUGGCCAUGUCGUCACGAGGGAUGACAAGCAGAAGCGCUGGUGUUGGCAUAUGCCAGAGCCGCACUACAUUGCCACGCUCAUAGUCUACAUCGUCACCUCGCCGCACUGGCACUUGACGAGCCGCCAGCCCGCGGAGGUGUCCCUGCUGAUCGCCGGCAUCCUGAAGGCCUUCGUCCCUGCCCGGCUGCAUGCGCGGUUUCGUCUACACGACGAAGUGCAGUGGUUGCCUUACCUGUACACAACACUGAAGUCAAAAUGCUACGGGAGCGUAGGUGAAGGCAGAUUCUGCGAGAAAGAGGGGCAUUCGUGCGCGCGGAAGAUAGUGAGCUAUGUGAAAUGGCCUGCCCGGCAGUCGUGGCGAGGGGUGUCCAGGGCGCUGUCUCACAUUCUCAAGCGCCACGGUGGUUCUUGGGAGUCAUGGUCCCUCACGGCGUCUGCGGCCGAGGUGCGCGCUGCUCGCGCGGGCUUGGCAGCGCGGCCACGCGGGGAGGCUUGCAGAUGCCAGCGGUGCCGGGCUAGCAAACCCGAGUUCGUCGGCGUCGUCGCCGAUGCAGGCCAAUUCUUCGAAGUCGUCCAGGCCCGCGAGGCAGUGCGCUGCGUCGCUCGACUGCUCCGGCGGGUGGAGGCGCAGACGGGGCUUACUUCCGUAACGAUUGGCCAGCACAAAGGUGAGAGCACUUACCUCGGGGGCUCUCCGUACUCAUGCACGGGAAAGCAAUGGUGGCUGACUUUCGAGGAGCUGAUCUUGAUCUUUUCCGCCGCCAUGGAGAUGAAAUGGUGCAGUGUUGGCGCCCGCGUGGCGGAGAUGACCGGCACGCCAAUCGGAGGCCUCUGUUCCAAAAUUGCGGCUUCGGCUGUGCUGGGCGAGGCCGAGCGGGCGUGGCAGGAGGACCCUGCCCGCCGACAGCGUGCACAUUUCCACGUUCCCGGCCUUGCAUGGGAGCAGGCGGCCGCGCGCAGGAGGUACGUCGACGACCUCCUGACUGUGUCGAACCACUACUGCGAGAUGUGUUUGCGAGAAGCCAUCGCUAGCAUAUACCCUAUCGAAUUCGACGUUGCUGAAUCGGGGCCCACUGUCACAUGGCUUGACAUGAGGCUGGACGUGGCUAGCGGCGAGUUGACUUGGAACUACCGCCGGCCAAUUCUUCCGCCGCCUUUCGCCGCGUCGGGAGACUGGUUCCGAGGGUGCGUGCUUGGCCGGACUAAGCGAUGUCAAGAGAUCGGCCUCUCCAUGGAGGCGACCUGCAGCGCCAUCGCGUUGCUCCUGAGUGACCUCCGGUGCUGCGGGCUGAAACAUCGAGAGUUUCGCCACCUGUACUACAGCACAGCAGGCUGCUUCCAGCACUUCCACUUGCGAGCCUUCCGAGCGGGGCUGCGGGCAUGCGGAUUCUGAGGUCGAAGGGCGGGUUCUGAGGUGUUCUUUUCUCCCUCCCUCUAUCCUUUUCCCCCCCUCCCCCCCGCUCCCCCUCCCCAUCGUGCGUUGUGGCAGAAUUCGGUUCCCGAGGCAGAAUGUUGUUGCGCAAGUGCUGGCUAAUUGUCGCAACGCUCCGGUUGCCCUGACACGGCGCGCGAUGUGCCUGUUAUGUGAUAUCUCGGGUUGUCUCGUUCUCGAUGGAGUGUGGGGUACCCGCUCGCGCGA